AUGAUGAACAACAGCGGCUACUCCGAGGCCCCGGGCUUCGGCCUGGGCGACGAGGUGGACGACAUGCCAUCCACGGAGAAGGACCUGGCCGAGGACGCGCCGUGGAAGAAGAUCCAGCAGAACACGUUCACGCGCUGGUGCAACGAGCACCUCAAGUGCGUGGGCAAGCGCCUCACCGACCUGCAGCGCGACCUCAGCGACGGGCUGCGCCUCAUCGCGCUGCUCGAGGUGCUCAGCCAAAAGCGCAUGUACCGCAAGUUCCACCCGCGCCCCAACUUCCGCCAGAUGAAGCUGGAGAACGUGUCCGUGGCCCUCGAGUUCCUCGAGCGCGAGCACAUCAAGCUGGUGUCCAUCGGUCACAAGGCCAUCGUGGAUGGGAACCUGAAGCUGAUCCUGGGGCUCAUCUGGACCCUGAUCCUGCACUAUUCCAUCUCCAUGCCCAUGUGGGAGGACGAGGACGACGAGGAUGCCCGCAAGCAGACACCCAAGCAGCGUCUACUCGGCUGGAUCCAGAACAAGGUGCCCCAGCUGCCCAUCACCAACUUCAACCGCGACUGGCAGGACGGCAAAGCUCUGGGCGCUCUGGUGGACAACUGUGCCCCUGGCCUUUGCCCUGACUGGGAGGCCUGGGACCCCAACCAGCCUGUGGAGAACGCCCGGGAGGCCAUGCAGCAGGCGGACGACUGGCUCGGGGUGCCCCAGGUGAUUGCCCCUGAGGAGAUCGUGGACCCCAACGUGGAUGAACAUUCGGUCAUGACCUACCUAUCCCAGUUCCCCAAGGCCAAACUCAAACCUGGUGCCCCUGUUCGCUCCAAGCAACUGAACCCCAAGAAGGCCAUCGCCUACGGGCCUGGGAUCGAGCCCCAGGGUAACACUGUGCUGCAGCCUGCCCAUUUCACUGUGCAGACAGUGGAUGCUGGCAUGGGCGAAGUUCUGGUCUACAUCGAGGAUCCUGAGGGCCACACCGAGGAGGCCAAGGUGGUUCCCAACAAUGACAAGAACCGCACCUAUGCUGUCUCCUAUGUGCCCAAGGUUGCCGGCUUGCACAAGGUGACCGUGCUCUUUGCUGGUCAGAACAUCGAACGCAGCCCCUUUGAGGUGAACGUGGGCAUGGCCCUGGGAGAUGCUAACAAGGUGUCAGCCCGUGGUCCUGGCCUGGAACCCGUGGGCAAUGUGGCCAACAAACCCACGUACUUUGACAUCUACACUGCAGGGGCCGGCACUGGGGACGUUGCCGUGGUAAUCGUGGACCCGCAGGGCCGGCGGGACACCGUGGAGGUGGCUCUGGAGGACAAGGGCGACAGCACGUUCCGCUGUACAUACAGGCCUGUGAUGGAGGGACCCCACACGGUUCAUGUGGCCUUCGCUGGAGCCCCCAUCACCCGCAGUCCUUUCCCCGUCCACGUGGCAGAAGCCUGUAACCCCAAUGCCUGCCGCGCCUCUGGGCGGGGUCUGCAGCCCAAGGGUGUGCGUGUCAAAGAAGUGGCUGACUUCAAGGUGUUCACCAAGGGCGCUGGCAGUGGGGAGCUCAAGGUCACAGUCAAGGGACCUAAAGGCACAGAGGAACCAGUGAAGGUGCGGGAGGCCGGGGAUGGCGUGUUCGAGUGUGAGUACUACCCCGUGGUGCCUGGGAAGUACGUGGUGACCAUCACUUGGGGCGGCUACGCCAUUCCCCGCAGCCCCUUUGAGGUGCAGGUGAGCCCAGAGGCAGGCAUGCAGAAGGUCCGGGCCUGGGGUCCCGGUUUGGAAACUGGCCAGGUGGGCAAGUCAGCCGACUUUGUGGUGGAGGCCAUUGGCACAGAGGUGGGGACACUGGGCUUCUCCAUUGAGGGGCCUUCACAGGCCAAGAUCGAGUGUGAUGACAAGGGAGACGGCUCCUGCGAUGUGCGGUACUGGCCCACAGAGCCUGGGGAGUAUGCAGUGCACGUGAUCUGUGAUGACGAGGACAUUCGGGACUCGCCCUUCAUCGCCCACAUCCAGCCAGCUCCACCCGACUGCUUCCCAGACAAGGUGAAGGCCUUUGGGCCUGGCCUGGAGCCCACCGGCUGCAUCGUGGACAAGCCAGCAGAGUUCACCAUCGAUGCCCGGGCUGCUGGCAAGGGAGACCUGAAGCUCUACGCCCAGGACGCCGAUGGCUGCCCCAUCGACAUCAAGGUCAUCCCCAACGGCGACGGCACCUUCCGCUGCUCCUACGUGCCCACCAAGCCCAUUAAGCACACCAUCAUCGUCUCCUGGGGAGGUGUCAACGUCCCCAAGAGCCCCUUCCGGGUAAACGUGGGAGAGGGCAGCCACCCCGAGCGGGUGAAGGUGUACGGCCCCGGCGUGGAGAAGACAGGCCUCAAGGCUAAUGAGCCCACCUACUUCACAGUGGACUGCAGCGAGGCGGGGCAAGGCGAUGUGAGCAUUGGCAUCAAGUGCGCCCCCGGCGUGGUGGGCCCCGCAGAGGCUGACAUCGACUUUGACAUCAUCAAGAAUGACAACGACACCUUCACAGUCAAGUACACACCUCCAGGGGCGGGCCGCUACACCAUCAUGGUGCUGUUUGCCAACCAGGAGAUCCCCGCCAGCCCCUUCCAUAUCAAGGUGGACCCAUCCCACGAUGCCAGCAAGGUCAAGGCAGAGGGCCCUGGGCUGAACCGCACAGGUGUGGAAGUUGGGAAGCCCACUCACUUCACGGUGCUGACCAAGGGAGCCGGCAAGGCCAAGCUGGACGUGCACUUUGCCGGAGCCGCCAAGGGAGAAGCCGUGCGAGACUUUGAGAUCAUCGACAACCACGACUACUCCUACACUGUCAAGUACACGGCCGUGCAGCAGGGCAACAUGGCGGUGACAGUGACCUAUGGUGGAGACCCUGUCCCCAAGAGCCCCUUCGUGGUGAACGUGGCACCGCCGCUGGACCUCAGCAAAGUCAAGGUUCAAGGCCUCAACAGCAAAGUGGCUGUGGGGCAGGAACAGGCAUUUUCUGUGAACACACGAGGGGCUGGCGGUCAGGGCCACCUGGACGUGCGGAUGACCUCGCCCUCCCGAAGACCCAUCCCCUGCAAGCUGGAGCCCGGCGGUGGAGCUGAGACCCAGGCAGUGCGCUACAUGCCCCCUGAGGAGGGGCCCUACAAGGUGGACAUCACCUAUGAUGGUCACCCGGUGCCUGGCAGCCCCUUCACCGUGGAGGGCGUCCUGCCCCCUGACCCCUCCAAGGUCUGUGCUUACGGCCCUGGUCUCAAGGGCGGGCUGGUAGGUACGCCAGCGCCCUUCUCCAUCGACACCAAGGGAGCGGGCACCGGUGGCCUGGGGCUGACCGUGGAGGGCCCCUGCGAGGCCAAGAUCGAGUGCCAGGACAAUGGAGAUGGCUCCUGUGCCGUCAGCUACCUGCCCACAGAGCCGGGCGAGUACACCAUCAACAUCCUGUUUGCCGAAGCACACAUCCCCGGCUCGCCCUUCAAGGCUACCAUCCGGCCCGUGUUCGACCCGAGCAAGGUGCGGGCCAGCGGGCCAGGCCUGGAGCGUGGCAAGGUUGGGGAGGCGGCCACCUUCACUGUGGACUGCUCGGAGGCGGGCGAGGCCGAGCUGACCAUCGAGAUCCUGUCGGACGCCGGCGUCAAGGCCGAGGUGCUGAUCCACAACAAUGCAGAUGGCACCUACCAUAUCACCUACAGCCCCGCCUUCCCCGGCACCUACACCAUUACCAUCAAGUACGGCGGGCACCCCGUACCCAAGUUCCCCACCCGCGUCCACGUGCAGCCCGCAGUCGACACCAGUGGGGUCAAGGUCUCAGGGCCUGGUGUGGAGCCGCACGGUGUCCUGCGUGAAGUGACCACCGAGUUCACUGUGGACGCGAGAUCCCUGACAGCCACGGGUGGGAGCCACGUGACGGCACGCGUGCUCAACCCCUCGGGCGCUAAGACAGACACCUACGUGACCGACAACGGGGACGGCACCUACCGCGUGCAGUACACGGCCUACGAAGAGGGAGUGCACUUGGUGGAGGUACUGUACGACGACGUGGCCGUGCCCAAGAGCCCCUUCCGCGUUGGCGUGACUGAGGGCUGUGACCCCACCCGUGUCCGGGCCUUUGGGCCGGGGCUGGAGGGGGGCUUGGUCAACAAGGCUAACCGCUUCACAGUGGAAACCAGGGGAGCCGGCACCGGGGGCCUAGGCCUAGCCAUCGAGGGCCCAUCGGAAGCCAAGAUGUCGUGCAAGGACAACAAGGACGGGAGCUGCACUGUAGAGUACAUCCCCUUCACCCCCGGAGACUAUGAUGUCAACAUCACCUUCGGGGGCCGGCCCAUCCCAGGGAGUCCAUUCCGGGUGCCAGUGAAGGACGUGGUGGACCCCGGAAAGGUGAAGUGCUCGGGCCCAGGGCUGGGAGCUGGCGUCAGGGCCCGGGUACCCCAGACCUUCACAGUGGACUGCAGCCAAGCUGGCCGGGCGCCCCUGCAGGUGGCCGUGUUGGGCCCCACAGGUGUGGCUGAGCCUGUGGAGGUACGUGACAAUGGGGAUGGCACCCACACCGUCCACUACACCCCAGCCACGGACGGGCCAUACACAGUAGCCGUCAAGUACGCCGACCAGGAGGUACCACGCAGCCCCUUCAAGAUCAAGGUGCUUCCAGCCCAUGAUGCCAGCAAGGUGCGGGCCAGCGGCCCUGGCCUCAACGCCUCUGGCAUCCCGGCCAGCCUGCCCGUGGAGUUCACCAUCGAUGCCCGGGAUGCUGGGGAGGGCUUGCUCACUGUCCAGAUCCUGGACCCUGAGGGUAAGCCCAAGAAGGCCAACAUCCGAGACAACGGGGAUGGCACGUACACUGUGUCCUACCUCCCGGACAUGAGUGGCCGGUACACCAUCACCAUCAAGUAUGGCGGUGAUGAGAUCCCCUACUCGCCCUUCCGCAUCCAUGCCCUGCCCACUGGGGACGCCAGCAAGUGCCUGGUCACAGUGUCCAUUGGAGGCCACGGCCUGGGUGCCUGCCUGGGCCCCCGCAUCCAGAUUGGGGAGGAGACGGUGAUCACAGUGGACGCCAAGGCAGCAGGCAAGGGGAAGGUGACAUGCACAGUGUCCACCCCUGACGGGGCGGAGCUCGACGUGGACGUGGUCGAGAACCACGAUGGUACCUUCGACAUCUACUACACGGCGCCCGAGCCUGGCAAGUACGUCAUCACCAUUCGCUUCGGAGGCGAGCACAUCCCCAACAGCCCCUUCCAUGUGCUGGCGUGUGAGGCCAUGCCCCGCGUGGAGGAGCCCCCUGACGUGCCACAGCUGCACCGGCCCAGCGCCUACCCCACACACUGGGCCACAGAGGAGCCGGUGGUGCCUGCGGAACCCAUGGAGUCCAUGCUGAGACCCUUCAACCUGGUCAUCCCCUUCACUGUGCAGAAAGGGGAACUCACAGGGGAGGUGCGGAUGCCCUCUGGGAAGACCGCCCGGCCCAACAUUACUGACAACAAGGACGGCACCAUCACGGUGAGGUACGCGCCCACCGAGAAGGGCCUGCACCAGAUGGGGAUCAAGUAUGACGGCAACCACAUCCCCGGGAGCCCCCUGCAGUUCUACGUGGACGCCAUCAACAGCCGCCACGUCAGCGCCUACGGACCAGGCCUGAGCCAUGGCAUGGUCAACAAGCCGGCCACCUUCACCAUUGUCACCAAGGAUGCCGGGGAAGGAGGCCUGUCCCUGGCUGUGGAGGGCCCGUCCAAGGCAGAGAUCACCUGCAAGGACAACAAAGAUGGCACCUGCACCGUGUCCUACCUCCCCACGGCGCCCGGAGACUACAGCAUCAUCGUGCGCUUCGACGACAAGCACAUCCCAGGAAGCCCCUUCACGGCCAAGAUCACAGGCGAUGACUCGAUGAGGACGUCACAGCUGAACGUGGGCACCUCCACGGAUGUGUCCCUGAAGAUCACUGAGAGUGACCUGAGCCAGCUGACCGCCAGCAUCCGUGCCCCCUCGGGCAACGAGGAGCCCUGCCUGCUGAAGCGUCUGCCCAACCGGCACAUCGGCAUCUCCUUCACCCCCAAAGAAGUUGGGGAGCAUGUGGUGAGCGUGCGCAAGAGCGGCAAGCAUGUCACCAACAGCCCCUUCAAGAUCCUGGUGGGACCGUCUGAGAUCGGGGAUGCUAGCAAGGUGCGGGUCUGGGGCAAGGGCCUGUCCGAGGGACACACGUUCCAGGUGGCGGAGUUCAUCGUGGACACUCGUAAUGCAGGUUAUGGGGGCCUGGGGCUGAGUAUUGAAGGCCCUAGCAAGGUGGACAUCAACUGCGAGGACAUGGAGGAUGGCACAUGCAAAGUUACCUACUGCCCUACCGAACCCGGCACCUAUAUCAUCAACAUCAAGUUCGCCGACAAGCACGUACCUGGAAGCCCCUUCACGGUGAAGGUCACCGGCGAGGGCCGCAUGAAGGAAAGCAUCACCCGGCGCAGGCAGGCACCGUCCAUCGCCACCAUCGGCAGCACCUGCGACCUCAACCUCAAGAUCCCAGGUGAGGCCAGCUCUCAGGACAUGACCGCACAGGUGACCAGCCCAUCGGGCAAGACGGAAGCCGCCGAGAUUGUGGAGGGGGAGGACAGCGCGUACAGCGUCCGCUUCGUGCCCCAGGAGAUGGGGCCCCACACGGUCACGGUCAAGUACCGCGGCCAGCAUGUGCCAGGCAGCCCCUUUCAGUUCACUGUGGGGCCACUGGGUGAAGGCGGUGCCCACAAGGUGCGAGCUGGAGGCACAGGGCUGGAGCGAGGGGUGGCUGGCGUGCCAGCCGAGUUCAGCAUCUGGACUCGAGAAGCAGGUGCCGGGGGCCUAUCGAUCGCCGUGGAGGGUCCUAGCAAGGCGGAGAUCGCAUUUGAGGACCGCAAGGACGGCUCGUGUGGGGUCUCCUAUGUCGUCCAGGAGCCAGGUGACUAUGAGGUCUCCAUCAAGUUCAAUGACGAGCACAUCCCAGACAGCCCUUUCGUGGUACCCGUGGCCUCCCUCUCAGAUGAUGCUCGCCGUCUCACUGUCACCAGCCUCCAGGAGACCGGGCUCAAGGUGAACCAGCCGGCGUCCUUUGCGGUGCAGCUGAACGGCGCACGGGGCGUGAUUGACGCUAGGGUGCACACGCCCUCAGGUGCCGUGGAGGAGUGCUACGUCUCCGAACUGGACAGUGACAAGCACACCAUCCGUUUCAUCCCCCAUGAGAAUGGCGUCCACUCCAUCGACGUCAAGUUCAACGGUGCCCACAUCCCUGGCAGUCCCUUCAAGAUCCGAGUUGGGGAGCAGAGCCAGGCUGGGGACCCAGGCUUGGUGUCGGCCUAUGGUCCUGGGCUCGAGGGAGGCACUACAGGUGUGUCAUCAGAGUUCAUCGUCAACACCCUGAAUGCGGGCUCAGGGGCCUUGUCUGUCACCAUUGAUGGCCCCUCCAAGGUGCAGCUGGACUGUCGGGAGUGUCCUGAGGGUCACGUGGUCACUUACACUCCCAUGGCUCCUGGCAACUACCUCAUUGCCAUCAAGUAUGGUGGCCCCCAGCACAUCGUGGGCAGCCCCUUCAAGGCUAAAGUCACAGGUCCCCGGCUGUCUGGAGGCCACAGCCUUCACGAAACAUCCACAGUUCUGGUGGAGACUGUGACUAAGUCGUCCUCAAGCCGGGGUUCCAGCUACAGCUCCAUCCCCAAGUUCUCCUCAGAUGCCAGCAAGGUGGUGACGCGGGGCCCCGGGCUGUCCCAGGCCUUUGUGGGCCAGAAGAACUCCUUCACCGUGGACUGCAGCAAAGCAGGCAGGCAGCGGGCGGAGCGGGGGAGAGGGGGCCAUCUCCCAGGGUGGGCAAGCACCAACAUGAUGAUGGUGGGCGUGCACGGGCCCAAGACCCCCUGUGAGGAGGUGUAUGUGAAGCACAUGGGGAACCGGGUGUACAACGUCACCUACACCGUCAAGGAGAAAGGGGACUACAUCCUCAUCGUCAAGUGGGGCGACGAAAGUGUCCCCGGAAGCCCCUUCAAAGUCAAUGUGCCCUGA